GCCCGUUUUGUUCACAGACCAGAAAACGGGCGGCCCCUUGUUUAUCAGGGUUCGUCCUUCCCCUAUCCCGCCUCUGAUGGUAUUAGGGUUUCAAGUGUCGGGAGUACCAUACCUGCUUUUCACCGGAGAAAAUGGCGAGGAUAAAGGUGCACGAGUUGAGGAAUAAAACAAAGGCAGAGCUACUCAGCCAGUUGAAGGAUCUCAAGGCAGAGCUCGCUCUACUUCGAGUCGCCAAGGUCACCGGCGGUGCCCCUAACAAGCUCUCUAAGAUUAAGGUGGUGAGGCUGUCAAUAGCGCAGGUGUUGACUGUUAUUUCCCAGAAGCAGAAAGCGGCUCUGAGAGAGGCUUACAAAAACAAGAAGUAUUUGCCUCUUGAUCUCCGUCCCAAGAAGACCCGAGCCAUUCGCAGGCGCCUCACAAAACACCAGGCAUCAUUGAAGACAGAGCGUGAAAAUAAGAAGGAGAUGUACUUUCCAUUGAGGAAGUAUGCCAUCAAAGUGUAGGGUAAUCCAUUCUCUAGACCAGUCAAGUUCAUGUAUUGAAUAUUAGGUUCGGAUGCUGCCAUUCGAUGGGCAUUCUAAUUUUUCAAGCCCUCUAUUUUUCUUUGACGUCCCUGUAUGCUGCUUCACAUUAUAAUUUCCAAAAGUUAUCAAAUUACAAAGAUCUUGCUUAGAAAUUA